CAAGCAGCCAAGCUAAAGCCAAAUCAAAAAAACUUUGGAGCAACUUGGCGGAAAAGUUAAAUUCGUGUGGACCACCUAUAAGAACUGUGGACGGAUGGAAAAAUUUCCACACGAAACAAUAAUACCAACUUGCCAAUAACUAGCCGGAAAUGCAUCAGCCAUUACAUAACCUCGUUAACCAUGAGCUUCUGAACUUUGACUUUAGCCUAUAGCCUCCUUGUCAUCUUUGAUCUCAAGGCGACUAGACGUAUCCAUCCUAAGUUAAUUAAAGUAUAUUGUAUAUCUAACCUACAUAUUGUAUUAUUAAAUAUUAAUAGUAUUAAGCUUUUGUUUAAAUAAAAAACCCAAUAAUUAAUUUGUUAAUAAAUUUAAUGUUUAAAGCAUAAACAUAACAAAUGGCGACGAGUAUGGAUAAUUUUUUCACCAGAUUUGAGACAAUUCUUGAAAACCAGCAAAAAGUUAUCGAAGCGUUCAUGGAAUUUGCGAAACCCAAAAAUGAUUCAACUCCCACACAUGUGCCGGUUUUUCCGAAAUUUGAUCGAUCAAAUAACACCUGGGACGUAUUUAAAAGUCAAAUCGAUCAACAUUUUGUGGCUUACAACAUGGUGAAGGCUGAAGACAAAAGAGCAUUUUUUCUGUCUUGGAUGGGUGCCGAAUUGUUUGAAUUACUUCAAAAACUCUGUGAUGGUAAGUUGCUAGCUGAAGAGAGCUAUGAGUCGCUAACAACCAAACUCUCGGAGCAUUACAAGUCGAAAACUCACAUUUUAGCUGCCAGGUUUCAAUUUUUUCGCACGACACUGAAGGCGAACCAAAAUUAUGCAGAUUGGAUAGCUGAACUGAGAGGAAUAGCCAGAAAUUGCAGUUUCAUUUGCAACAAGGAGCAGUGUACGAAUCCCUACGUUGACAAUCUCAUUCGUGACGUCAUUGUGCUAAACACACCACAUGAUCAGGUCCGAAAUGCUGCUUUGCAAAAGGCGAACCCCACACUAGAAGAUAUUCAGACAAUAGCCGAAACAUUCGAAGCUACUAAAAUUGCAGUUCACACCAUAACGGGCAAUUCCACCGAAUGUCAAGGAACCGUUCAACAACUUGGAGUGGUGCAACAUGUAAAAAAAUAUCCAAGCCAAAAUGCAGGAAUACAAAAAAGCAAACCGGUGAAACAAAAAGGUAAAUAUAACGAAAAAGUGCAGGGAGAGCAAAAAGCGGAUAACAACAUAUGCUGUGAAAGUUGUGGAAGUAACCACCCUUGGAAAUACUGCAAAUUUAGAAAAGCACGUUGUAGGGGCUGUGGACGAUUGGGGCACAUUGUAAAAGACUGUAAGCAAAAAGAAGAUAGAGUGCAGUUGAUCGAAUCGGUAUUUAUGGUUGCAGAAAACAAUGGUAUUAAGCGUUUCGGUAAUAAAUUUUUUGUAACCAUAAAAGUUAAUGGAAUUUCUUUAGACUUCCAGUUAGAUACAGGCGCUACUUGUUCAAUGGUUGGAGAAGCUGGGUAUGAAGCGUUAGGAAGGCCGAUAUGCUGUAAAACCAACAAGUUGCUGAAGGGAUAUGGUGAUCAUCAGGUACCACUGAGAGGAGCUUUAUCCGUUAAAGUAAAACUGGAUGCAGAGGAAAUAACAUUGCCGUUGCUGGUUACAAAGGCAAAAGAAGGCAGCAAUAUUCUGGGUAUCGAUUGGUUCGAUAAAUUGAAAUUUUGUGUAGAGCAAAACGUAAAUCAGGUAUGUGAACAAAAUUUAAUUAAUGUAAAUUAUGAAGAUCACAUCAAAGAAAUUUGUGAAAAAUUUAAAGAAGUAUUCGAUUCACAAAAAGUAGGACAGUGCACUGAUUUUAAGGCUACGCUGGUUUUGAAGCCAGAUGCCAAGCCAAAAUAUUUCAAACCACGUCCAAUUCCUUUUGCUUUAGUCCAUAAAGUAAAAGCUGAGUUAAAUAGGUUAAUUGAGGCAGGAAUCCUAAAGCCAAUUGCUUGUAGUCAGUGGGCUGCACCCAUAGUGAUCGUUGAGAAGCCCAAUGGAAAUAUUAGAAUCUGUGGAGACUUCAAAGUCACAGUUAACAGCCAAAUUGAAACCGAACGUUAUUCCCUUCCCAGUAUAGACGAGAUUUUCCAUAGAUUAAAGCGAGGAAAAAUAUUUACGAAAUUAGAUUUGAGUGAAGCUUAUUUCCAACUAGAGUUAGACGAGAAAUCGAAAAAACUAAUGGUAAUUAAUACGGUGGCAGGAUUGUUAGAAUACCAGAGAAUGCCUUACGGAGUAUCAUCUGGUCCAGCAAUUUUUCAAAAGCUGAUGGAAGCUAAGCUUUCACAAAUUAAAAAUACAGCGGUAUAUAUCGAUGAUAUAAUAAUAGCUGGAGAAACUUUUGAAGAACACAUGUUAGCGCUAAACGAAGUUUUGAAUGCUCUAAAGAAUUCUGGUUUAAAUUGCAACCUAAAGAAGAGUCAGUUUUUUCAAACAAAUAUAGAGUAUUUAGGCCAUGUGAUUUCCGCAAAGGGAAUAGAACCAAAUAAGCCAAAAGUUCAGGCUAUAGAGCAAAUGCCACGUCCAAGGAAUAUAAAAGAGGUUCAAGCUUUCUUAGGGAAAGUAAACUACUAUAACAAAUUCUUAGAUAGGUUUUCCGAAUAUUCGAAGCCACUAAAUAACCUACGAAGAAAAGGUGCACCCUUCAAAUGGGAUGACAGUUGUGAAAAAAGUUUUCAACUUCUUAAAACGGAAAUAAUUAAAGCAACGAAUCUUGUUCAUUUUAAUGAUAAAUUACCAUUGUUGCUGGCAACUGAUGCCUCAUCAUACGGGAUCAGUGCCGUACUGUCCCACAGAUUUCCCGAUGAAACUGAACAUCCCAUAGCCCAUGCUUCAAAAACUUUGAACAAAUCUCAAGGUAACUACAGUCAAAUAGAAAAUGAGGCACUUUCUAUUAUUUUUGGGGUGCAAAAAUUCCACCAAUUUGUAUAUGGCAGGAAGUUCGAGCUGUUUACAGACCAUAAGCCUCUAAUUAGCAUUUUCCAUCCGCAUCAUCGGUUACCUGUAAUGACAGUGCAAAGACUCCAAAGAUGGGCCAUAAUAUUAAUGGCUUAUGACUAUAUGAUAAGGUAUAAGCCUACUGAAAAACAUGGGAAUGCUGACUGUCUAUCGAGACUUCCACAAGGCCCUGAUUUGGUAUUCGAUGAAAUCGAACAAGAUGGUCCUGAAACCACUUUACAACUUGAAGAAAUUACUUCCAACUUACCAGUUCUUUUCGAAGACGUUCAAAAACAAACUAACCGCGACAAAAUCUUACAAAAGGUUAUCAAGUUUGUCACCGAAGGAUGGCCAGAAAGAAACUCUGAUAGCUGUAAAGAAUUUAAAACUUUUUUUAACCGCAGGUUAGCAAUAUCGAUACACAAAGGAGUACUCCUGAUUCAAACUGAUUAUACCAGAGUGAUCAUACCAACCACACUUCGCAAAAUAAUGCUACAAAUGCUUCACGAAGGCCACUGGGGUUCGGUUCGCAUGAAGCAAAUGGCCAGACAUUAUUGUUGGUGGCCGGACAUAGACAAAAACAUUGAGGAGACUGUAGCAUGCUGCACGUCAUGUCAAGAAAAUAGUUCGAGCAGCCACAAAGUUUUUGAAAGUUGGCCACUACCUACAGAACCAUGGCAGAGGAUACAUCUUGACUUUUUGGGUCCAUUUAUGGAGUCAAUGUACUUGGUUUGUAUGGAUGCGUUCUCCAAAUUUCCUUAUAUAGUUAAGAUGAAUUCUACAACGACUACAGCAACAGUUCGAGCAUUGAAAAACAUAUUCGUGAUUGAAGGUCUUCCAACAACCAUUGUAAGUGAUAAUGGACCUCAAUUCACGAGUGAGGAGUUCCGAAGAUUCUGUUCAGAAAAUGGAAUUUGUCAUCUCACAUCAGCACCGUUUCAUCCUGCGUCUAACGGAGAGGCAGAAAGAUGUGUUCGUACUUUCAAAACUGCGUUGAGAAAAAUUUGUAGCGAGGGGAUAAAUCAAGAUGAAGGUCUUUUAAAAUUUUUGAUCACUUACAGGACUACUCCAGCAAAUAACAAUAAGUCACCAGCAGAGAUUCUGCAUGGUCGACAACCAAGAAUUCUUUUAGAACUUAUUAAACCACAUAAGGCAAAUACCAAUGAACUAAAAUCUAUUUCUAAAUUUCAGAUAGAUCAACCGGUUUAUACUAAAAGUUUCUCACGUGGACCUAAAUGGAUUCACGGCAGAAUCCAGAGGCAAAUAGGUUCCAACAUGUAUUGCAUCAAGUUGUCACAAACCAAUCAAGUUAUAAGACGACACCAAAACCAGAUAAGAAGAGCACCAGAGCAGGUUGCUCAAGACAAUCAUGAUUAUCAGUUACAGCCAACGUUUGUGAGUCCCACUAUUCUUGAAAAUGCAGCAUCGGCGCCUUCGUGCUCAUCAUCUUUGACUCGACAACAGCCCGGACAGGCUAUGCAAUCACCAAUCAUAAUUCAGGACAGCAGCUCUGAAAACGAAUUAAGUGAAAGUGAGGUCGGUCAUAAUACUCCAAGCUCUUCACAAUCGCAAUCACCUCGCCGGUCAACUCGAAGUAGAAGACCUCCACAGUGUUACAGUCCUUGAAAAUAACGAGGGAGGAAUGAAGUAUCUGAAUGCAUUCAUUAGUUCCACACGAAACAAUAAUACCAACUUGCCAAUAACUAGCCGGAAAUGCAUCAGCCAUUACAUAACCUCGUUAACCAUGAGCUUCUGAACUUUGACUUUAGCCUAUAGCCUCCUUGUCAUCUUUGAUCUCAAGGCGACUAGACGUAUCCAUCCUAAGUUAAUUAAAGUAUAUUGUAUAUCUAACCUACAUAUUGUAUUAUUAAAUAUUAAUAGUAUUAAGCUUUUGUUUAAAUAAAAAACCCAAUAAUUAAUUUGUUAAUAAAUUUACAGCCCUAUUUAUAAACUCAUCAUAGACAGUACAUAGCAUUAUGUACUCUUUAUAAUGUCUUUAAACAGAAAAUUGUCAUUUAUAAACUUUAUGCAACGUUUAAUAGAGCUUGUAUACUCUAAACGCGUUUUUAGGUUGUUUAAAGCUUGAAUAAGAAUAUAUUUUGCUUAAAUGUCAUUUGAACAUCAAAUAAUUUUCAGAAAAAGAAAACACGGCAAUCAUUUAUAUUUUUUUUUAUGUCAUUGAAGAAUUUAUUUUUUGAAUUAUAUUUAUAAUUUUGUAAUCAACUGAAACAAAAUAUAAGAAAUUGUGUUUCUUCGAGAUUUUUUCCUGAUAUAAGAUGUGAGAACUUUUGGCUGCAGUACCUACAUAUGUACAUAUACAAAUGUGGGUUUUCUUUUCAUCUUUUUCUUUUUACAUAGAAAAAAUGAUUUAUGCAUGUUUCUUUUUAAUUUAUGUAAUU